CGGCGCGCGCGCACGGCGAUCGCGCGCGCGGCGGCGUUCGGCGCGGUCCUUCGCGGUGGGCUGAGCGUGGGGAAAAUCGCGCUCGCGGCGACGAGGCGCGGAAGGCGCGGGACGACGGCGGGGAGGGCGCGGAAGGCGGUGCGAGACGUCGCGUCGUACGCGGCGUUCCUGGCGACGUUCGCGGGGACGUACGUGAGCGCGGACGAGGGCCUGCGAAGGCGGUACGGGGGAGAGGAGAGCAAGGCGUGGCGAUGCGCGUUGGCGGGCGCGUGCGCGGGGCCGUCGUUGAUGCUCGCGGGGUCGGGCGCGACGCAUUACGGGCUGGCGGGGUACAUAUGGGUGCGGUCGAUCGUGCUGCUGACGCGCGUGGCGCAGAAGAGCGAGGAUGAGACGAUGAAGAGGUUGACGGCGGCGACGCGGAUGGAACACGGGGACUGCGCGUUGAUGGUGGGGAGCGCGGCGGUGAUUUUGUCGUGCUUCAUACUGAGGCCGGAGACGGUGGAACCGGCGUAUAAACACUUUCUGGACGUGCACGGGGGGAAGACGAGGGAGGAAUUGGCGAUUUCGAAUACGUGGUCGGCGGGAAAGACGGCGCGGGAGAUGGCGAAUAAGACGGCGGUCGGCGCGAUCGGUGCGGGAACCGGUGCGAUCGAUCGCGCGGAGUUGUAUAGGAUGAUAUUUUUCCGAGGCGCGUCCAACGCUGAGCACUUCUUGUCGCACGUGGUGAAGUCGUUUGCGGCUACGCUGAGCGUGUACGCGCCCGUGUACCUCGUUCCGGCGGCGUUGAUACACCGAGAGAAGCUUCUGUCGCGCGAGAAAGGGCCGGACUUGUUGUCUAGGAUCGCCGUCGGUUCGGCGCGUUCGGCGUUGUUUCUAUCGUCCUACGUCGGCGCGGCGUGGAGCGGAGUGGAUUUAGCGAAUCGAGCCUUCGGCGGAAGCUGCGACGGUCGUUCGUUAACGUUGGGCGUUUCCAUGGCUGGUUUAGCGACCUUCAUCGAAAAGAAGUCUCGUCGGAUGGAGUUAGCGAUGUAUUGCACGUCGCGCGCGAUCGAAACCGCGGCGUUGAUGGCGGUUUACCGCGGCUUUGUGCCGAAUUGGAUCCAGCGACGCCGCGGCGACAUCUUCCUCUUCUCCAUCGCCUCGGCGACGAUCAUGCACUGCUACAACACCGAACGCGACGUCUUCCGAAGUAAGUACCUUAGCGUGCUCGAUUUCAUAUUCGGC